CCUAAACGAAGCUAAUUGUUGUAUUUCAAAACCAUCUGUUUUGGCCAUAUCUACAAGUAAAAACUCUUUACGUGUGAAAAUUCUAACAUAAGACAGAAUAUUUUGAAUUUAAAGCUAGGUAGACUUUGAAUUUGGCAAUUUCAAAAACAUUCCUAGAUGGAAGUACUAGAAACGGAUUUGGAUGCACUAAGAUGCAGGAUGAGUGCAACGAAAAUGGGAUACAUUGAUGACCCAUACAUUCAAUAUUUUCUCCCUAGGCGAUCGAUCCAUAAGCCUCCAAUAAUAAAUCGUGGAACUUACGUUCGAACAUGGUCCAUUGAUCAUGUACUAGAAAACUUUUUGAGUAAACUAGAAGGGAAAAAACAGAUAAUAUCUUUGGGAGCAGGGACAGAUACGAGAGCCUUUCGCUUCUUGACAAAGCUUCCAAAAGAGAGCAUUAAAUUUAUUGAGCUUGAUUUAUAUCCAAAUUGCGUUAGAAAGAUCCAGUCAAUUGCAAAACAAGAAGCUCUGCAAGCGAUGUUGGGCGUAUAUACAAUAGAUGCAAAAAAGGGGAUACUACUUUCAGAAUCUUUAGAUAUACUCCCCUUUGAUAUUCGUCGUAUUCCUGAAACAGGUUUACCAGAAAGAGCAAAUCAGGGUUUACCAACUAUCGUACUGUCUGAAUGCUGUUUAUGUUAUUUGGAGCCUAAGGAAGCCAACUCUAUCUGUCAAUGGUUUCGAGAACGUUUCUCAUGCGUUGGCAUACUGGUCUAUGAACCUAUCCAAGGAAUGGAUAGCUUUGGAAAGAUGAUGAAAAGCAAUUUGGCUUCAAGGGGGAUUUACUUGAAAACCUUGGAUAGCUACAACACAGUUGAGGAUCAAGAAAAACGUUUUACAGACAAUGGCUUCCAGCAUACUACAGUUUUGGAUUUUGCCGCUCUUGAAAGGGAAUGGAUUCCAGAAACAGAAAAAAAGAGAAUUGCAAAAAUUGAAAUGUUAGAUGAAUUAGAAGAGUGGGAUUUACUCGCUAAGCAUUACUGCCUUGUCUUUACUACUACCCAUUCUUUAUAUGAAAAGCUAAACUUACAAAAAGGGAAUGACCAACCGAAUGGAUGAUUAUAUAUUAUCUUAUAAUCUUUCAAUAAUACUAAUGAUUAAAUACAAUGUGU